AUGGGAGCAGAUAUCACUCAGCAGACAGUCAAUGCCCAGACACAGACAGCAAUGCGAACAAAUAUCACUCAGCAGACAGUCAAUGCCCAGACACAGACAACAAUGGGAACAAAUAUCACUCAGCAGACAGUCAAUGCCCAGACACAGACAGCAAUGGGAACACAUAUCACUCAGCAGACAGUCAAUGCCCAGACACAGACAGCAAUAGGAACAAAUAUCACUCAGUAG